GUUGCGAAAAAUAGAAUGGCAUACCCGUAAAUAACAGAAAGUCAUGGGCAUUUUCAAACAAGAUUCCUAUAAAGAAGCAAACCAGAGUAAACGAAUUAUGCCAUUAUCGUCUUCCUGAAAGAUGAUGAGCAAGCAUCCACUUCAAAGCUCUGCUGUUCACUCGCCUCAGCUAAAAUUUGCAGCACUUUUGCUCGUCUUGCUUUCUAUCUGCACUCCAUCCUUCUCAGAGAUCAUCUUCGAGGAGCGAUUUGACGAUGGGUGGCAGAGCCGGUGGGUGAAAUCUGAUUGGAAAAAAAGUGAAGGAAAGGCCGGUUCCUUCAAGCACACAGCGGGUUCGUGGUCUGCUGAUCCAGAUGAUAAAGGUAUUCAGACGAGUACUGAUGCCAGACAUUAUGCCAUCUCUGCAAAGAUCCCAGAAUUCAGCAACAAAAAUAGAACACUAGUUUUACAGUAUUCGAUCAAGUUUGAGCAGGAUAUCGAGUGUGGUGGUGGUUAUAUCAAGCUUAUGUCGGGAUAUGUCAACCAAAAAAAGUUUGGUGGCGACACUCCUUACAGUAUGAUGUUUGGACCAGAUUUAUGUGGAACACAAACAAAGAAGCUUCAUGUGAUCCUUUCCUACCAAGGACAAAAUUAUCCUAUUAAGAAGGAUUUGCAGUGCGAAACUGACAAAUUAACGCAUUUCUACACAUUCAUACUUCGGCCUGAUGCAAGCUAUAGUGUGUUAAUAGAUGGUAGGGAACGAGAUUCCGGGAGCAUGUAUACUGAUUGGGAUAUCCUUCCACCCCGAAAAAUCAAAGAUGUAAAUGCUAAAAAGCCUGCAGAUUGGGAGGAGAGAGAAUAUAUUGACGACCCAAAUCAAGUCAAGCCAGAGGGCUAUGAUUCAAUUCCAAGAGAAAUUCCUGACCCGAAAGCUAAACAGCCUGAUACCUGGGAUGAAGAUGAGGAUGGGGUAUGGAGACCACCAAAGAUACCAAAUCCAGCAUACAAAGGGCCAUGGAAACCAAAGAAAAUAAAAAAUCCAAAUUACAAGGGGAAAUGGAAGAUCCCGUGGAUUGAUAACCCAGAAUUUGAAGAUGAUCCUGACCUAUAUGUGCUCAAGCCUAUUAAAUAUGUGGGAAUUGAGGUUUGGCAGGUAAAAGCUGGAUCUGUUUUUGACAACGUUCUGAUAUGUGAUGACCCAGAGUAUGCAAAAGAAGUGGUGCAAGAAGUUUUCACCCAUAGAGAGAUUGAAAAGGAAGCCUUGGAGGAAGCAGAGAAGAUAAAGAAAGCGCGGGAGGAAGAGGAAGCACAAAGGGCAAGAGAGGAAGGUGAAAGGAGGAAGAGAGAACGAGGUUACGACAGAAGGCACAGAGAUAAAGACUAUUACAGGGACAGAUACCGAAAGCGCCAUUAUGACGAUUAUCAUGAUGAGCUGUGAGAUGUUGUAGCGGUUAUUACUCGGCCUGUUUUGGCAAUAUAGUCUUGUCCUCUGUUUCAUUUUCAUCAUUUCAUUUACAUGUAACACACUGGUUGUUGUACUACUUCUCGAUUGUCAGAUAAGUUGCAUUUUUAUGUGAAUUUUCAACUCUUUUUUUA